GCACAAGGUUAAGUCUAUGAUGCCGAUUCUAGAGAAAAAGAUUGAUGUGUUGGUGAAAGUGUUGGAAAAGAGAGAUAUUGUCAGUAUCAUAAUGGAGAUGUGCAUAUUGCAGAAUGGUUAGACAAGUGUUGAUGUAAUUGGUGAAGUAGCUUUCGGUUUAGAUUGCAACACACUUGAAGGUUACAACCAAACCUUCUUCGAAAUGACCCGUCGUAUUUUAAACCCUUCGAAACUAAAAAUCAUCAAACUGUUACUAACUGGACUAAAUAAUCCAGCACAAUUAGUUGCACUGCUUUCUUCCGACGCCGAAAUGUCAAAAUACUUCAUUGACCUUAUCAAGAACACAGUCAAUCAUCGUUUGUCACACGAUAUUAAAACCAAUGACUUUCUACAAUCUUUGAUAGAUUUACUACAGGAUGAACAAGAACCUGGAACUGGUCUCAAAAUGGCCGAGAUACCAGCACAAGCGUUCUUUUUCUUCGUCGCUGGUUCAGAAAGUUCUGCGCGUACUGUGACAUUCGCUCUGUAUACCUUAGCGAAAAGAACGGAUAUACAAGAAAAACUACGCGCGGAAAUCUUGAAAGACUUAAAGAAUAAUAAUGGAGAAUUCACUUACGAAUGGUUGAUGAACAACGAAUAUCUGGAUAUGGUGUUGAAAGAAACUUUAAGGUUAUACACGCCUGUUAUGACUUUGAAUCGUAUGUCAACAAGAGAUUAUGACCUUGACGAUGGUUUAACAAUCCCGAAGGGGACUUGCAUUGUAUUUUCAUCGUUUGGCUUUCAUCGUGACCCGGAAUACUUCGAGAAACCUCUAGAAUUCAUUCCAGAGCGAUUUAGCUGCAAAAACAGUGAAAAUUUGAAACCGUAUACUAAUUUACCGUUUGGAGAAGGUACGAGGGGUUGCAUAAGUAAAAAAUUCGCUUAUUUAUUAACCAAAUUAGAAUUGGCAAAGAUUAUCAGUAAAUUCAUUGUGAUUCCAAGUGAAAAGACUAAAUAUCCGCUAGAAAUUAGUCCUUUAACCGGAAAUAUGUUGUUAACCCCAAAAGAUCCGCUAUACUUCAGAUUUAAACCAAUUUAAACACUUCAAGGACAAAUUAGCAAACAAUUCAGGUAGAAAAUAUAAAUUUAAAGCAAUUUAAACCAUGCCUACGUCCAAGACGAAGCAUAUAAUCAUAAAAAUACUGUUUUUUGGUUAAUACCAAUUUCUUUUUAAUUAUUAGUGAAUAAAUAUAUCAAUGUAUAAUAUUCAUAAA